AUGUACCCCUCCCUGGUCCUGAACACUCUCUUUGCGACUGGCAUUUACGCAUAUAGCGUCCCCGACAACCUCGCCCAGAUUUACCGCAACCACAAAUCAGGAUGUAAGGCGGUCGUUGCCUCGGGCUUCAACGACGGCACCAGCGCCGCGCGGCCCACGCAGUACUGCGGCGACAUCGCAGGGGCGCUAUUCAUCAGCUCUGCCACCGGAUACGCAGACAUGGACAUCGACUGUGAUGGAGCAGAAUCCGGCGCUGGGGGCUGUGCGAAUGACCCAUCAAGACAGGGCCAGACUGCAUUUCAAGCCGUGGCCAAGAAGUACGACAUCAACGACCUCAACGCCAAUAUCCACCCGUACGUUGUCUUUGGCAACAUGAACUUCAACCCGCAGCGAUAUUGUAUGCACCCGCUGGGUGUGAUGGCUGUUGUCUGUCGUGACCAGUUGUUCUACGGGGUCUGGGGCGAUACAAAUGCGGACGACAAGACGGGCGAAGCGUCAAUCUCGUUGGCGAAGUUGUGUUUUGGAUCUGGAGUCAUGGGAAAUAGUGGGCAUAGCCAGGAUGAUGUUCUAUACUUAGGGUUCACGGGGAGUAAUGCUGUGCCGGGGAAUAGUGCGGCUUGGGCGGCUACCAGCACGGAAGACUUCGCGCGUAGUAUCAAGCUUAUGGGGGAUCAGCUAGUUGCGGGUCCUAAGGCUUGA